AUGGGAAGAUCAUGGCGCCUACAUCAAAUGCUUGUCUAUGAGGGCAAAGUGGAGCACCUAGAGUUCCUCAUUCUACAGGUGCUGUUCCCAGUGAUGAAAUGGAGAGCAUCCCUUGGGAGGAAGAGCUUCACUGUGACUUGGAGCUCUGCCCCCCGGCACCGAGGACGCGCCUGCUCGGAGUCCUGCUUCAGAGCCUGCCACUGUCAAGACUUAUGGCCGCUGCGUCUCUCCCCCUUGCUGGGUCUGGCUACAUCACUUAUCUCCCCGACGCUGACCUGCCAGCAGCUGCAGGAGGCUCUCUCCGGCUGGGAAGUGCUGCGCCCGCGGAGCUGCCGGGCACCUCGGCGCCCCGGAGCCCCGGGCCGCGCGCUAAUUCACUUUGCUGUCACCUCCCGGGCAGGGGAGGGCAGGCGCUGGCCGCCGGAGCGCGCCAAGGGCACCGAGGCCUGCGAGGGCCGAGGCCGUGGCUCUGCCUAA